GUUCUCAGCUCCUGACGUCGAGGGGCCGCAUGAGGCGGCCCUGUCGGCGAUGAAGGUUUUCAUCAAGGCCGAUGCGCUUGCUGCGCCGAAUGCGAGCUUAGAUGUGGUGACGAGGGGAAUUCCAGCAGAUCUUUCAUGAUGGACCACACAGCACCUCCCCCUGCAUCCCUGAGACCAGAUCCAGGCCCUCUACCAAUGGACGCGUGCUCUGUUCCAUCACCUGCGUACCAGAGACCAGCAAGGCGGCGUUUCAGGCACUUGUGCGCACUCUUGAUGGUGUUGAUACGGAUUGGAGGCGUCAGCGGCCUCCCAAGGCGGCCGCCUGUUAGUGCUGCCCUCAGCUGGCGAAGACGCGGUCGCCCACAAGACGCCAGAGAUCCUUCCUUUGUGGUUCUGGACAUCGUCAAGGUACACACAUGCCGACGCACGUGCAUUUGGCCGCGUGCAAUGAGUUUGAUUGCAUUGCAUGUUUGUGUGGUGUGCAGAUCUUUGGUCGUAUGGCGGAUUGGCAGGCGUGCGGUGACGCCAUCAGCUGUGGCGCGAGUGAGUUUGUGCCUCUGAGUGAGGUGGGCAAGCCCAAGAAGUGGGAGCAGCUCUUCGGCGGGGGCAAGGGCAUCAGGGCGAAUGAGAUGGACGAGGCUCACUUCAAGGCCACACUGUCCAAGCUGCCCUUCAGCUGGCCACACACGGUGAGGACACGGCAGCAGCGAAGGCAAUAACGGCAAAUCGAUCGACCUCUGUGUUUUGUUCCUGGCUGCACUGCAGGUCAACACGGGUCAGAUGCCCGACAGAGGCCUCGUCCCUGUACCAGGUGGGCACGCACCGGCCGGAGCAGAUUUCUUUUCACAUGUGUGGGCUUUCUACCUGUUUGCUGCUGAUCAGUUGCGCCUCGCGAGUUUGUCAAGGUGGUCAGACAGCUGGAGGGCACCAAGAGUGACGGCGUGGCAUCGGCAGGCGGGAAUGUGGCCCUCAAGGAUGUCAACCAGUGUGUGGGGGAGAUGGCCAUUGACGAGGAUGCGAUCCAGUGUGUGUUCGAGUCGAUGCUGCAGGCCACCGGCAGCGCAUCCCUCACACGGGAGGGCAUCGGCAAGGUCAUCCAGCAAUGGGCGCCGGCAGAUGGUACGCAUAGAAUCACAGUCGCCCGGUGUUCAUGUACAUGCGCGUGUGUGUGUGUGUGUGUGUCAUGUUAAUCAGGUCUUGUGGAUUGGUACACGUUUGUUUACUUCUUGACGCGAGCACCCGAGGACGGGCUCAGCCCAUACAACGACUGAUUGACGGAGAGCGAAAAGAUGGGUUGACUGCCCUCGUGUUGGCGUCGGCCGUCUACUGCCCUCGUGUUGGGUGCUGGUCGACGGACGACACGGCUGUUCUGUUGAUACGCU